AUGGAGGGUCACCUCGGUAACCUCAUCGACCACGAAAAGACUUGGGCUGCGCAGCGCGUAGAAAGCAACACCGAAGAAGAAGUUCAAAAGAUCCAUGUUAUCCACGGCCCUCUCAAUUCUGAAGCCGUUCGUGUCCUGCGUGCCGAAUUAAAUGACGCAGCAUCUUCCAAGUGCAUCAUGUUGGUUGGUCCCGAGCUCAAACGCUCAAAAACAGAUGACGGUUCCAAGUGGACCAUCACCUUUACCGAAAAAGACCUCAACCGCAUCCAGCUCCCUCAUAACGAUGCCUUCGUGAUCACGCUGCGUAUCGGAACCUUUAACGUCCGACGCAUCCUCGUUGAUCAAGUUCCCCUCAUCGGGUUCAGCGGAGCUCUGGUAUGGCCCCUUGGUAUGAUCACUCUCCCAGUUCGUGCCGGUUUAGUGGUCCUCGACAUGGAAUUUGUGGUGGUCGAUGUUCCUAGCCCAUACAACGCAAUCGUCAGGCAUACCUGGCUACAUAAGCUAAAGGCCAUCACCUCCACUUAUCACCAGGUGGUCCGUUUCAUCGGCGCCAAUGGGCGCCAGGAAGACGUAUACGGAGAUCAAACCGCGGCCAAAAGAUGUUAUGUCAACGCGGUCCGAAGCAGUAAGCAGACCUCCAGGGUCAACCUCAUCGAAGUCCCCGAGGCCCCAGUCCUGGAAGACGUCAGCAGGCCGGCCGACGAAAAAGCUGAAGAAGAUCUUAUCACCUUCCUGAUUACCGAAGACAGCUCUCGUUUCUUUCUCAUCGGCUCCUCACUUUGCGAAACCGAUCGGAACGAGACGUUCGAUUUCCUUCAAAGGAACAUCAAAGUAUUCGCGUGGACCCCGUACGAAAUGCCCGGGAUCGACCCCUCAUUUAUCUGCCAUGAGCUCAACAUCGACUGGGCUAAACAUCCCAUUGUGCAAAAAGCACGGCGAUCCUCCCCGAUCCAUUCCGAAGCUGUCAUAAACGAAGUCAACCGGCUCUUAAAUGCAAAGGCCAUCCGAGAAGUACAAUACCCUAGGUGGUUGGCCAACACCGUGGUGGUCAAAAAGAAGAACGGUAAAUGGCGAGUCUGUGUUGAUUACUCCAAUCUCAAUGACGCCUGCCCGAAAGAUUUCUUCCCCCUUCCACGGAUUGACCAGCUCGUGGACGCAACGGCCAGCCAUGCCCGACUUAGUUUUAUGGAUGCCUAUCGGGGCUACCAUCAGAUUGCCAUGAGCGAAGGAGACGUUGACAAUGCGGCUUUCAUUACCCCUCAUGGCAUUUUCGGAUAUUUAGUUAUGCCCUUCGGCCUGAAAAACGUUGGAGCCACCUUUCAGCGAAUGAUAACCAAGAUGUUCGAACGCCUACUCGGUGACACCAUGAUGGCUUACAUUGACGACAUGGUAGUCAAAAGCAUGGUUGCAAGUGACCACCUAGCCCACCUUGCCGAAGCCUUCGAAAUUCUCAAAAAGCAUAAGCUCUGCCUUAAUGCCGAGUAA